CAGGAAUCUUGGCAAAAUCCAGGCUCACAUUGCUAGGGAUUCCCUGCAGUCAUUCUCGUACGUACACUGCUGUCUAUUCUAUGAUAAUAUGUUAAAUUAGAUUAGUUGGAAUCUCGGUUGCUGCGUGCCAACCCAGCUACACGGUGCUACCGGAUACCUGCCCUCCUACCAGAAGGGUAUUCAAAGCCUAUCUUUGGUAACAGAUAGUACGGUGUAAGAAUGCAAUCGAACCCGACGGGCUUUUCCAACUCACACAACUGCGCUCCCUCUCGUGGAAAGGUUUCAUCUCCGUAAGGGACGGUGAUAUCCUUUUUAAAACAUUAGCGGCCAACUCGGAUCACCUGCAGUUCCUAGAGCUGGACGCGCACGAAGCUCUUACUGAGCAGACUCAUCUCAAGAGCUAUAUUGGUGAUACCAAUGAUCCGAACGCGGCAUUCACGAUGACCCGCUUGCAACAUUUAUCACUGUCGUAUAUCUCGCUCCGAUCCAGCUUGGGGUAUGCCAGGAUGACAACUGCUUUCUGCUUCGGGAACCUUCGGACAUUAAAGCUACGCAACUGUGAAUAUGUCCUUGAUUUUCUGGAGAACUUGGUCCGGGUCGGCCACAACCUAAAGCUCCGCUCAUUUGAGAUUGUCUACAGACGGGAUCAGACAAAGGAAGAUUUCCUCUUCGCAUUCUUGGCGACUUUCAAAGGUCUUGAGGAGGCUUACAUUACAGAAGUUCCUCUUGAUACUAUCUCUCGCAAGCACGUAACACUGUUCUCAAUCCUCGCUCCCAGAAGUUCUCUGAAACGUCUCAUCAGCGACGAGCCGGUUAGGACACCUUCGUCCAGGGAGGCAGUGGAACACGAAAUCGAACACUCAACCCUGCUUGGAUUCAUUUUUCGCCUGGAGUCCCUGAAAUGUUUGGCCAUACACAGACACCCUUCGUUUGUGAAAGCGGCACUAAGACAUCGAACCGGUGAUGAGCCCAUCGAGUUUCUACACUUUCGAAUCCACGGCAUCGGACGCCGACCACGAGACCUCAACGCGGAACUCCUGGGCGUUCACAAUCACUCCAACGAUAGCCUGAAGGAGACCGAUGAAUGGGGACCUAUAGUCUCGAUGAAAAAGCUCGCUGAGUUUGCAGAACGGGCAUUCGGCCCAAUUGGAUUUCCAAAGCUGGCGGCCAUCGCUUAUGGGGACUUCAGCCAUGGUGAACGUUUCAAAUGGAGUCAGAUCGGCCAUACCAAGUUUUUGAGUCCAUCGGAGUUUCGAGCUGUCUUGGAUCAGAUUGAGGGGGCGAAUGAAAUGCUGAGUGCUUGCCAAACUGAGCAUGUCCAAUCGCCAUGGGAAGAUGCAAAGGCAUGGAGGGAGGUCGCGGCCAAUUAUACUAAGUGACGAGACAAUAUUGUUGCGGGGAGAGAAGCUCAAGUUAAAUAGUUAGCCAGCAUAGCCUUUGACAGCCGCGAGAAAUUGCUUCCAUUCUUCAAACCCGUGCCUUCGUGUAGCUCAGCUAAAAUUGGAAGCGUC